AUGCCCGUAUGCAAUAAAUGUUCCGUUAAUAUUACUAAAGCACCCUCCAUAAAAUGGUUUGAUUGUGACUUAACAUGGCACGCAAAAUGCCAACAACUCACUAAAGAGGAUAUUGACUACUUAAAAGAAGCCAAUAACAUAUGGCGAUGCAGCAAAUGCGCUAGCGCCAAAAGAGCCUCUCUUAGACUCGAAAAUCCAACCAACUUAGAAAGUAACGAACUACUUGAGAUCAAAGAAAUUAUUUUACAUCUCAGGGAUUGCUUUCAAAAUCACAAGGACGAUACAGCCAAAAAUUUUGAAAUUCUGAAUACUAAAUUCAACGCUAUUGAUAAAAUUAUCACAGAAAACCAAGCACUGAAAACACAUAUAUCUCAAUUGGAAAAACAGAUUGAAUCCAUAGAACGUCACCAAAUCGCCAACGACAUUAUCAUUGAUGGUCUAAACGUAAACAUAAAUGACUCUAUGAUUAAUGAUUGUCAUAGAGUUGGUUUUAACCAUAGUAAUACGCGCCCUAGAAGAAUCCUAGUCAGCUUUAGUAACCACCAAGUUAAAGCUGAUUUUCUCAAAGCUCGACAAAUAUUUAGGAAUUUCUCUAGUAAAUUUAUUGACAUCCAACCGGAUGUACCCAUAUAUAUUAGAGAAAACUUAACAACCAAGGGAAAUAAAUUAUUCAAAGAAGCCAGAGACCUAAAAAAACAGCUAAACUUUCAAUUUGUAUGGACAAAAAACGCAAUAAUCCUCUUACGCAAAAAUGAAACAGAUAAGAUAAUACGUGUCGACAGCGAGGACACAAUUCAAAACAUCAAAGGACAAUAUGAAGAUUUAAACUCCUAA